AUGCAGACAGACCUCUGGUUCACCAGUGAAACACCCCACGAGCCUCAACCCUCAGCCAGCACCCCGGCCAUCUCCUCCCUCCCAACCCUCCGCACGACCACAUACCUCCCGAGCACCCCGGCCCACCUGUCCGCCAGCAGACAUGACAGCAGGUGCUUGCAGCACGGCACGCCCUGCGCCUCGCGGCCGCGCGUGCCGUCCAGGCUCAAGCCGCCAAAUUCCAGCUCGCGCGGCGUCGGCCACGCCGCCGGCUCCAAACCGGCAGCACCGGCAUCAUCAUCAUCAUCAUCAUCAUCACCACCACCCCUCCCUCCGCCGCCAGGGAACGCGGAGAACGCAAACGCCGCACACGUGCAGUUCCACGCGGCCAGGUGCACGACGUACGUCCUCUGCGGCUUUGGCGGGUCGGCCGCCCGGCUGCGGUGGCGAGGAUGGGGCUGCUGUGCCGAGCGGACGUGGUAG